AGCGAGACAGGCAGCAGAAGGGAGGGAGCACGAAGGGGAGGCACUCAAACGCCGGUAGGGAUUGUAAACGCAGCUGCACCUCCGAGGCAUUGGCUGCAGACUUAAAACAUUUAUCCCCCCGAUCGCCGGGUGGUUUUCUCUGUGAUUCGGUACACGGCAGGAGGAAAUGUCUAACGGCAGCUGGAAGCCCUUUGUGUUCGGCGGGCUGGCUUCUGUGACGGCGGAAUGCGGGACCUUCCCAAUCGACCUAGCGAAGACACGUCUACAAGUUCAAGGCCAAGUAGGCAGCAAAUACCGAGAGAUCCGAUACAGAGGCAUGCUCCAUGCGAUAGUGAGGAUAGGAAGAGAGGAGGGGCCCCGGGCUCUGUAUUCAGGACUAGCUCCUGCUAUGCUGCGCCAGGCCUCCUAUGGGACUAUAAAAAUUGGCACAUAUCAGAGCUUAAAGCGGCUGCUGGUUGACAGACCGGAAGAUGAGACAUUGCUGACUAAUGUGGUGUGUGGGGUUGUCGCUGGAGUCGUCUCCUCCACCAUCGCCAACCCCACUGAUGUGCUAAAGAUCCGCAUGCAGGCGCAGGGCAGCCUGAUCCAGGGCAGCAUGAUGGGCAACUUCCUCAACAUCUACCAGCAGGAGGGAACGAGAGGACUGUGGAAGGGCGUCUCUCUAACGGCUCAACGAGCGGCCAUCGUGGUUGGAGUGGAGCUCCCGGUCUAUGACAUCACCAAGAAGCAUCUGAUCCUGUCGGGGCACAUGGGGGACAACGUGUACACACACUUUGUCUCCAGCUUUACGUGCGGCUUGGCGGGAGCUCUGGCCUCCAACCCAGUGGACGUAGUUCGGACACGCAUAAUGAACCAGAGAGGAGUGCUUCUGUACCAGGGGACACUGGAGUGUAUACUGCAGACGUGGCGCUCCGAGGGCUUCUUGGCCCUGUACAAGGGCUUCUUUCCCAACUGGCUCCGCCUGGGACCGUGGAACAUCAUUUUCUUCCUCUCUUAUGAACAGCUGAAGAAGAUCGACGUGUGACCGGCGAAACGAAGCGGUCAAGAAGAGACGAGGAUGUGCUCACGCUCAGACACGAGCUGAGAGGACCAAAAUCGGAGAAGGCUUGGAUUGGGAUGGAUCCUUUAUGGACCCGCUGAAAACGGGGGUGAUGUAGACCCCUUAUGAGAGAGGCGGUUUGAGAUUUUGCCUGAUUCCUGUUUGGGCUACAUGUCUCCUGAAGCCUGCAGCAAGUGUGGAAGACACUCGUGUUUUAGCUCAUCCACAUGCUACAUUAAGCUUAACCGUGCAUUUACAUUUGAAAACGGCCACUUAAAUCUUGUUUACGAAACUGCUUUAAACUAUGUCUCGAAUAUCACAAGGGUUUUCUACACUUUAAAAGUGGUCUUCAAAUUGAGUGCCUUAGUUUGCGAUCCAAGCCGUCUUAAGACGCAUUAAGACCAAGAAUGUCGGAUAGAGAUGACCAUCGCAGCGAGCGAUCAUUCCCUUGUUUGCUUAAGGACAAAUGUUUGUGUGCACGAGUCAACAAUCUUGACUAGGAUGUGUUGCGUUGUUUUUCUUUCUAUAUUUUGUAUUUAACGGUCGGGUGUGUGGACAGAUGGAAUUAUUUAUUACUCCAAGAGUUUCCCUGGAGUAUUUCUUACAGAGUGAAGAGCUAAGAAUAUACACCCCAAUGUACUGUUAUAAAUAACAGUGGGACACACACACAUCACAUGCCCAUGUGUGGCGAGACUAGUGGUCCCCUGAUGGCAGCGAGUGCAGACAGUAAAUAUACCCGGGGGCGAUGGGGCUUCCCUCUGAAGCCUACACCGCAUUAGGUUUAGACCACUGAUUAAGAUUAGGGUAACCAAAGUGUGACUUUUUAUUACUUGAAGGCACUGAAACGAAUGAUGUUUUAUCUCCAGGAGUAUUUUCAAAUACUGUAUUUGCACGCUUUAUACUGUUCAUCCUAAAGAAUGAAUAUGUUGCCCGCUCUCGUGUUUGUGUGAGCUGCCAUCGCUGCCAAAGUGUAUGCUUGAUGUUGGGUGUAAAAGCUUCCUGUAUAUUUUAAAUAAAAGAGGGAAACAAAUCA